AUGACUACUAAAUGGUUUUGCAAGUCUCUUGCAAUUUUGACACUUACUUUUGUCGCCCACGUGCAUAGCGACAUCUACGAGGAAUGCAACAAUAAACCAAGCCAUGUGUUUAUAGUUAGCAAUACGUCUUGCAGCCACUACAUCUACUGCGCCGGUGCCGAUUCCUAUGAGGGCGAGUGCCCGGAUGGCGACUAUUUCAAUGAAUUAUUACAAACAUGCGAUCCUAGACAUCUCGUCGACUGCAAACUUAACACUUCAAGCGACAUCGUUGGUAAUUCGUCGGCAUCUAUGCAAGUCCAAACGACCACCACACUCAGCUCACUGCUCUUUUCGACAGUUAGGGAUACAAAUGAAACUGUUACAUCGAAUUCCAUCAUAUCAACUACAAACGGUACUGCGGCGUCUACGAAAAUCACCAGCCAAUCGUAUGAUGUGAACGCGACUACUACAAGCGCUAGCGGAGCUAUGGUUACGCCGGCCACGAUUUCACCCAAUACAGAUGGCAAUACGGUCGUAAUAAUAUCCUCCGAAUGCCCGGCUGUAGACAAUCUAAAUCAGAUAAUUUUCGUGCCCCAUCCGAAAUCUUGCUCUGAUUAUUUUAUUUGCUACCAUGGCGAGAGAUUGGCCAUGCACUGCUCUGCCAUGCUGCACUUUAAUCCGCGCACUGGAAAAUGUGAUUAUCCAGAAAUGGUUCGAUGUCAAACCGAUUUCACUAAUCCGAAAGAACAAUGCCAGGCGCAUACCAUGGAUAUGUAUCCGCAUGCGACAAAUUGUAACUAUUUCUAUCACUGUCGAAGCGGAUAUCUUUUAUUGCAGCAGUGCCCCUUUGGCUACGGCUGGGACUAUGAAAAACGCGCUUGUACUGUGCUUCAUCAAGCUGUUUGUUACAACAGAAGAACUCAAAGAAUUUGA